UCCAGGUUUAAGUAAAAGAUGCAAAAGAUCAUAGCUGGAAAAAGGUUGCCAUCCAAGGCAAACAAGUUUAUAGCCCCAGGUGCAUUGGCUAAGGGACAAGUUCAUGGAUUAAAACAAUUAAAGCCAAGAAGAGAUAUAAAUGGUGCUACAGAUUUGCUAAGAGGAGGUUCAAGUGGUGCUAGUUCAGGUGAACUCACAUCCCAUCGUCUUUUUGUUCACUUUGGUGAACUACAUUAUAUAGACAAUGACUUCCAACAAGAUUGUAGCUCCUUCAUUGACAUUUUAAGUAUAUGCGGAAAAUUCUUGGACAUAUACUCAGUUGGUGUGAAAAUCUUCUAUGGGGAUGGGAAGCAACUAAAUGGGGAUGCUGAUGUCUAUGCUAUGUUUAAUGACCACAAAGGUAUAAGUGACAUCCAUGUCUAUGUUGAGGAAGAUAAAGAAUUGGAUGUUGUCCCUUAUAGACUGCCAUAUGAUUAUGCAAGUCCUGAACCUCCAAAGGCAACAAAUUUGAAUAUACAAGGUGAUCUCAAGGUAAAUAAUAAAAUAAUCAUUACUGGCACUGUUAUUGGAGGGGCUGAAGUUGCUAGUGUAGUUCAAUGGUAUAAAACCUCUACUACACAAUUAGAUAUUCAGGAUGGUCUUGAAGAGAUCAGCAUGUCUAGCACUGAAAAGGAAUUCCUAUUACCAGUAGGAGUUGUUGGCAAUUACAUUGUUGCAAAGUAUACUCCUAUGACUUAUGAUGGUAAAUCAGGUGAACCAGUGUUUGCUAUCUUAGAAAAAGUUGUUGAGAGUGAAAUUAAUACUCAAAACAAGAAAGUUCGAGGAAAAAACCAAAACAAGAAAGUGGCUGGGCUCAAAUCUGGGGAAAAGCUUCCAAUUAUUUUCUAUAACAAUCGAGCAGUGGGGGUGAACCAUCAAUUUUGGUCAAGGCACUUGGGAAGAGUUGUGCGUGAUCGAACCAUUUGUCCUGUACGAGUGAAAGCUUGGAAAGAGAUUGGAGAAAAUGAAAAAAAUCACAUGUGGGAAGCGAUUAAGGAAAAAUUUGAGAACCCUGACAUAGAGUUGUAUCGUGACCACACCUUGGAGCAUAUGAAUGUUUUGUGGUCGAAUUGGAGAUCAAGUUUAAAUACUAUGUAUGUUAAACCUUGCAAAACUGUAGCUGAGGCUUUGAAAAAUAAGCCACAAAGUAUGGAUAAAGAGGAUUGGGAAUGGCUUCUAAUUAAACACUUUUUAACUGAGGAUUUUCAGAAAAUAAGCUCUCAAGCCUCUCAAAAUAAAGCUAAAUCUUCAAUGCCUCAUCGCACGGGUAGUAAGCCUCAUAGAGAAAUCAUUUAUGAAAUGAGAGGAAAAAAAGGUAAUCCACCUGAUAUGGGAAAGAUCUUUUUUGAAACUCGAAAGAAGAAUGGAAAGUUGGUUGAGCCUGAAGCUGAAGAAAAAUAUGAUCAAAUUUUAGAGACCAUUCAAGCAGAUCCAACAAUUUCUAAUAUUGAGGUAGUUGAAAAAUGUUUUGGAGUGCAACGUCACAGCCAUGUGUUUGGGUAUGGCGGUGGAAUCAAACGAAAAAACUUUAAAGAUCCUAGCAAAAAGAAGAUGGAAGAGCUUCAAACUAAACUUAAUGAUAAGGAUAAAGAAAAUCUCAUCCUAAAGAGGCGCAUUAUAGAGUUUGAAGACAGAUUGCAAAGGCUUGAAUCUUUUAUGCAAAAACCAUCUACUCUUGAUGAAAAUGUUCAGGAGGAAAAUGUUCAAAGCUAAACCAUAUGACAGCUUUUUCUGUAACUUUUUACAAAACAGUUGUUUGAACCUUGUUUCUUGAGGACAAAGUGCAUAUGCUGUAGCUUUAUCUUAGAAAGCUAUAAUUUUAAUCGGUUACUACUAUGGAACAGAAUCAAUUAAAGCUUAUUGGACCAGGUCAGUUUGGCUUACUCUUCACACCCGGAAGCUGAUUUUCAACACAUGAAAGAUGAAACACAGUGCUUUCACCUUAGUGUUGGUUUAAGAAUAGUAGAAGAAGUUUUGAAGUUCUAGAUGUGCUUAUAAUUAUAGGGCUAUGUAAGUCAACAAAAGAAACUUUACUUCUAUUCUUGUUUCCCCAUUAAUGGAGUUAUUAGCAUGCUUGUACAUUUGGUGGUGGCUAAACUAGGUAAUUACUUUGCUUCUAUUGGUUACUGUUGGUUCCUGUGCUCUUAAAUGUCCACAUAUCCAUGUCAGCAUGCUUCUGAGCUCAAUAUUGCACUUGAAAGUAUGUUGGAAUUUUGAAUGAGUUGGAACAGUUUUAUGAUGAUGGUAUAUAUGUGUUGAUAUAUGCUGAAAUAGUUUGGUUGAUUGAGUUUACAUAGAACACUUUCACUUUUGAGUCCAGCUGUGGCAGGACGGAACCGAGACAAUUUGUUAUGGCCUCUAGCAUAUAUAUAUAUAUAUAUAUUGUCAUUAAAUUGGGAUGUCCAUUUGCUCUUUCUAGGAAUCACUUUCAGAUGUAUUCCAAUUUAAAGGCCUAAAUAUUAUGAAAUAGAAAUGUUAUGAAAUAGAAAUAGAAAUGUUUUUAUUUUUUAUUUUUUUAUUUUAUGUCUGGUUAGACUAUGUUAUUGGUAGUGAAACCAUAUAGCAACAAACAUACAGACAUCUCUAUUCUUAGAGCUGAUGCAUUAUAAGUUGUUAAAUAUUAGCUUCUGAAUUCAAGUUUAUUUUGUUUUUGCUUUUAUAUUUGAUUACAUUAUGACUUAUGAGAUUUAUGUAAUUUAGAUCAUCAUACAAUGAUGGAGAAUGACGAGUAAUAUAAUUUUUUUUCUUUGCAAUUUGCAGGUAUUUGAAGAUACAAGUCGAGCAAGAACUCUUGGUAUUAGUUGUGAAUAAUACGUGAAUUCUAGCCAUACUUGUAAUAAUUUUUUAAUUUUCAUUAUAGGGAGAUUUUAGAAUAAUAUGAAACUCAUAGUUUUUUUUUUCCUCAUUUUUUAUGAUUGUGGAGGGUAUAGAAGCUCUUAUGAUGAUUGUAAUCAAUACAUAAUGAAUGUAAAUGAUGAUCAUUUUUGUAUAUAACUUGUUUUCUACUAAAUUAAUGUGAUGAUAU